GGAAAAAUAGAGGGAGCUCAGAUGCUGAACCAUAAAUGAUUUGCUCGUAAAGAAAUAUCCAUUUAGUACUUGCAACUGCUAGAAGUUACUAUCGUACGAUACGUUUGUGAAUUUUGUAUUUCAUCGAACAGUGUGACCAUGAAUUUAACACUAAUCGAAUUUGUUAAAUAUUAAUUUAAAUACUAAUAUAUAGAUUCCAAUUUAUAAAGGGGUAUACAAUGGCACUCAUAACGGCUUACUGGGGACUAGAUGGCAUAAUAUUUCUGACGACUCUAAUUAUAGCUGCAUAUCUAUACAUGACACGCAAAUUUAACCACUGGAAGAAACGAGGCGUUUUAGAAGCGCUUCCGCCGACACCAUUCUUGGGCAAUUUCACAGACUGUCUACUCCUAAAGAAAUCACCUGGAAAUUUUCUGCAGGAACUUUAUAUUCAAGGAAAGGGAUCUCCCUACAUCGGCUUUUACAUAUGUGACAAACCGGCUCUGUUAGUUCGCGAUCGGGAGCUCGUUAAAAAUAUUUUAAUAAAGGACUUCAAUUACUUCACUGACCGAUACGCCGCAGCUGAUACAAUAAAUGAUCGCCUGGGUGCCACCAAUCUCUUUUUCCUCAAGAAUCCAGCCUGGAAAACCUUAAGAACGAAAUUGACACCAUUCUUCACGUCCGGCAAGAUGAAGAAAAUAUUCGAACUAAUGCUGAAAUGUGGAAACGAUCUAGAUACGUAUCUCGAAUCGCUGAAAUUGGGAGAUCAAGGAAAGGAAAUGGACAUAAAGGAGUUAACCGCUAAAUUCACUACCGACAUAAUCGGCACUGCUGCCUAUGGACUUAACGUGAAUUCGUUGAAUAAUCCAGACGCCGAGUUUCGAAGACAUGGCAAAUUAAUUUUUUAUUUCAACUUUAUUCGCGCUUUGGAGUUCUUGGCAAUGUUUUUCCUUCCAAAUAUAAUUAGUAUAACCGGUAUAAAAACAUUUGGUAAGGAGAGCUCUAACUUCCUACGUAAAGUCUUUUGGGAGACGAUCACGCAACGCAUAAAGUCUGGCGAAAAGAGGAACGAUCUCAUUGAUAUCCUUAUUGAACUGAGAAACACUUACGGAGAUCAGGACAUUGAAGGAUUUAGUAAGCAUAGAAUUUAUGAAGCUAAUGCAUAAACUUUAUAAUUUACA